UUGUAAUAAUUCCGGGGUGUCUUCUCUUCCAAUUCAUACCAUCUCUUACCUCACGAUGGGUUUACUGAGCAAUCCAUCAGAUAAGCAACUUUCUCCAUUAGUGCUAAAAUUUAUCGCAAAGCAAAAGGCGCUAUCUUUCUUGCUUUAUGUAGGAAGUAUAGUUUGGCUUGCGUGUCUUGCCUAUCGUCAGUUUAAUGCCGGAACUUACUUCUCGGAAAACGCUUUGUUACCUGGUCUUGUACAUUCAAAUUUCAAAGAAGAUUUUCUUGCCCGCCAGUAUUUAGCUGCUUUGAAAGGAGAAGCAGAAAGAUAUCCUAAUGGUAUGCCUCAUGCAUUCAUUGCUGCCCAGUUCAAACAGCUUGGAUUAGAUACUUACACCCACAACUUCUCUGUUACAUAUCCAUUAGAUCAAAAUGAGAUCUAUUCAGGUAAAAAUGUUUAUGGAAUUUUAAGAGCCUCGAGAGGCGCUAGUACAGAAUGCCUCGUCAUGUCAGUUCCAUACCGACCUCCCAACUCAGUGUUAACUGGAACUAAUGCUGGAAUUGCUAUUAUGCUUUCCCUGGCGGCUUCGUUCCGAGCUGCAUCGUACUGGGCACGAGAUAUAAUAUUUCUUGUUACCGAACAUGAGCAACUUGGGGUGGAAGCAUGGCUAGAAGCGUACCAUUAUACGUCUUCCAGCUCCAAUGCAAUCCAUUUCGGACAGCUCGAUGCCCGUGCUGGCGCGAUACAAGCAGCAAUUAAUCUGGAGUUGCCCUAUGAAAAAAUAUCUCAUAUUGAUGUGCGAAUGGAAGGUCUUAAUGGGCAACUGCCAAAUUUAGAUCUCGUGAACCUUGUCCACAGAUUGUUCCAACAAGAAAGAUUUACCACUACGUUGAAAGAGAAAGAGGACCAUCCCGACCCUUUUAGUAUGGAGGGUUGGAUAUAUUCUGCUUCGUCGUUAUUGUCACUGAUGGUCUCUCAAGCCACUGGAGUACCCACAGGAAACCACGGACUCUUCCACAGGUUUGGAAUCGAAGCCUUGACAGUUGCAGCGUCUUACAAGAAAGGAUGGCAUGGAUCGAAUUUUCUCUUUAUUGGAAGAGCAAUUGAAGGCAUUAUGAGGAGUCUGAACAACCUACAAGAGCGAUUUCACCAAUCAUUCUUCUUCUAUUUAUUACCUGCUACGAACCGCUACAUUUCUAUUGGUGUAUACAUGCCGCCAUUUGGUCUUAUGAUUGGUGCAAUGUUGCUGCAAGCCGUUGCACUUUAUAUUUCUCGAAAAGAAAAACCGAACGAAAAUGAAAGUUGGAACUUCCUCAAUCUAGGAUCAUUUCUUUUAUACAGCACAAUCUGUGGACUGAUUUUUCACUCUGCCCCUGAGAAGCUUACCGGAUUUAAUCGGUAUAUGGCAUUAGGGCUUAGUACUGAAGACGUUGUUUUUGGAGGAUUUUGUAUACUUAGCAUAGUUCAUUGCAUGCUAACUUCAACGUUUGGUACAAGGACACUGUGUACUCAACGUUUGUCGGCCAAAUGUGUGCAGUGCGCUAUUCUUUUACUGACAUCCACGUUGAUGUAUGCAGUUGCAAUGGGUAAUGUUUCCCUUGCCGUUCUCACCUGCUUAGUAAUCAGCCCGGUUUUUUCAAUCGCAAAGGCAGUUUCCCAAAGGUUUUUUCAGUAUUGUCGCCGUCUUCUACUAAUUUUAGUACACCCACUUUGUUUGCUAUUUAUCGCAACAUUUAUCGACACAUACAGAGUAUUUCCGGAAGAAAUUAAUCAACCAUGGAAACUUUUGGGGAAAACGCAUAGUGCUGCUCAGCGUGCCCUGGUUUACGCAGUAACUGAUGGAAUGUUUUACGGAAACUGGCUUUUUUUGGCUGGAACAACUCUUUAUCUGCCGCUGUGGUCCCUGGCAUGGGCGAACAUGAGUAAUUCGUCAAAUUAAAUUUCAAAUUUUUAGAAUAUCCCUUUACAUUGUUGUACUAGCUAUUGCCAAUUACAUGGUUUCCUCUUUUUGGAACAU